AUGGCUGCUGAUAAGACUGAUUCAUAUGAAUGGACCUGGGAAUCGGAAAUUCAACUUUUCCGAGGAUUAAUGAAGCACAAACCCGUCGGCGUAUUUCGCCACUUCCACAUGAUAUGUUUGUGGAAUUAUGUGAAUUCAGUUCUUCGUACACCAGUCACCCCUGAUGCUAUUUGGAAAAAGCUGGAUACACUAUACAAUAUGGAAGGGCUGCAUGCUUCUGAAGUCGAUUCUUUUCAAGGUGAAAUGCAAGAAUUCAGUCUACCCGAAGAAUUCGAUUCCUUGAAAGGAUUGAAGUUUCCACGAGUUAAUCACGGAAGCGAUACAGCUACACUCAAAUCUUCAGUUCAAGAUACUUCUAAUCAAAAACGAACAAGAAAGUCGGUACGCUGGGCUGACAUUCUUGUAACUUCAUAUGAUUUGGUUCAAACACCGACCACUUCAGCAGUCACUACCGAUGCAGGUGUUGGCAGUUCUUCACGCAAAAGGCGGCGCUGA